AUGCCAGAUUCCUUUUCUGGCGAAGCUUCCGCCACCAUCACUGCUCCCACUGCCUGCCCACAACCACACUACAUUCCUCCCCCCCAAUCACCUCCAUCAAAUAUGGACAUGGCAAUGCAUGAUCCUGUUGGCCUGAAUGCUUUAGCGGCAGCAGCUACCGCAGUGGCCAUGGAACCAGAGAUGCUUUCUAACAAAUAUUCACACAUGCCCCAACCGUCCGAAGCAUAUUAUCAGGCCUCCCCAGAUAUGGGCCCUGUGCUGCAGGUGACUACAGAGAAUCGCAUUGAAAUACCUGAUAUUACAAGCAUGGUAGGUGCAUCCAAUGGCCUGUCCUCAGGAGACAAGCUACCACAGCGUAGUGAAAGUCCUGAACUGCCUGAGCCCCUCGAGAUUACCUAUAUGGUCAACAUCGGAGGCAAAUUCAAAUGCUGCUGGAUGCCAAGUACCAAGAAGUACAAGAAAUGGCAUGCUGCCAUCAUUCAGGCCUCAGGAUUUUCAGAGAUGCUCACUUUCAAGCAUGAACUAUCAUGGAAAAUGUACACAGUGCCAAAGAACCAAGAUCCGGUUGCAGUCGACAACAAAGAUGAUUACAAAAUGAUGGUUGGCAAAGUUGAGAAAGCAAGGGCAAAAAAGGAGCCAACAGUUGCGAUAAUUAUCAAUAAUUUGCCCCCAAAAGACAAUACUGAAUCAUCUCGAGGCAACAAGCCAAUUCGUAAAUCAAAGAAGGCCAGGGUCGAGCAGCCAGACUCACCAGACUCAACCUCUGAAUCCAAUUCGGACUCUGAGUCUAAGCAGUGCAAGAUUCCAGCAGGAAUGCCAUCAACCCACAAGUUAGAAGAGCUCAUCAAACAGAGGAAUCCUUUCUGCGAGUCUCACAUGGAGCACUGCCAUGUGUCAACGGCUUGUGGUACUGAUGGAUAUCAUGUCAUUCUAACCAAGUUGAACAUCAAGCAUUACAGAGUCUGGGCACUUCAAACCUCCAGUCUAUUUCUUGAAAGACCGCAUGAAACCCAAGCUACAAGUCCCUCCACCCGGCAAGCCAAACAAGGGGGUGUGAAAUCUACAUCGCAAUCUCCAAUGUCCGUUGACCCACCUCCGAACCCUGGAUCAGGGUCAGCAGGUAUGGUCGUCAUGGCCAAUCCCAUCCAAGGCAACAUUCCGGUCAAUUGGCCUGCGAUGUAUUCCACAUUCCCUCCAAUGUAUCCACCACCAUCCUAUUACUUUCAGGGUCCUGCCCCCUUCCCCCCCAUGAAUGGUUACCCAGCACCUAGCCGCUAUAGCCCCAGUGCUCAUGGACAACUUAGUUACCACCAACGGCAGGGAGGGACCUUGUGGAUGCUUGUAUCAAGCAGUGAUGAUUUUACACCCCCAUCCUCAGCGUUUCCCACUAUUGGGGACUGGUUGCAGGGCCUUGAGGAGGAUGCGGGCUUCAACCCGGAUCAAUUGCAGUUCACUCAAUAUGCUGCACAACUCAACCAACUAGGGUACUACCACCUGGAUGUGCUAGCAGCAGCUUGUCAGGAAAAAGGGCUUCAUGAGCUCGGUGUUGACAUCCUCCCUGGUCUUUCAGCGAAGCUGUGCUGUGCAAUGCGCAGUGAAUUUAAGAAAGUUUCACAAAAAUUUAUGCGCAGCAAAGGUUACUAA